AUGGUGCGCGCACUAGCUGUAUUCGGCUGCUUGCUGGCAUGUGUAGGACCUUUCGAUGUACUUACACAAGUCGCAGCCAUAGGCGUUCCUCGCCAUCAGGCAGGUUUCGUGGGGCUGCCCGUAGGAGGGCCUCUACAAUACACAUUACGCUGCAACAGGCAAAAUUUGAACCAGCAACAAGUGGCAGCAGCAAGGAGACCCUUUGUAGGUGGUAACUGGAAAUGCAACGGGACUGUAACUGGCGCCGAAGAAAUCCUCAAAAUGCUCAACGAAGCUCCCAAUGAAGUAGAUGACAUCGAGGUGGUAGUGGCUCCGCCCUCUCUCCAUGCAGGCUUUCUAUUGAGAGGCCUCAAGAAGCCCUUCGCCGUGGCAUUGCAGGACGGCAGUCAAGUAAAGGGCUAUGGGGCGUAUACGGGGGAAGUUUCCCCGCAAAUGGCAAAGGAUUUUGGUAUUAAGGCGGUCAUCGUUGGUCACAGCGAAAGGCGCGAGGGCUUCGGAAAUCAAUCGGGGGAGUCCAACGAGGAGGUAGCCGCCAAGGCUAAGAACGCUGUGGACAACGGGCUUCAAGUAAUUGCAUGUAUCGGAGAAAGCUUGGAAACGAGGCAGAGUGGAAAAACGAUGGAAUUUCUCGGGAAGCAACUGCAGGCCUACGCUUCGGCGUUGUCUGGCGCUGACUGGAAUUCAGUGGUUUUAGCCUACGAACCUAUUUGGGCUAUUGGUACCGGUGAAACGGCUACCCCCGAGAUUGCACAGGAGACACACAAAGGUAUUCGGGAGUGGUUGAAGCAACACGUCGGUCAGCAGACAGCGGAGGCCUUGCGCAUAAUCUACGGAGGAUCGGUCAAGGGAUCUAACGCUCAGUCCCUUUUCACCGGGGAGGAUGUGGACGGCUUUCUAGUUGGGGGCGCUAGCCUUACUGAAGAUUUUCACGCAGUCCUCAAGGCCACCAGGACUUCCCGAGAAUGA